AUGGACAUGAUGCUCCUGGUUCAGGGCGCUUGUUGCUCCAACCAGUGGCUGGCCGCGGUGCUGCUGAGUCUCUGCUGCUUGUUGCCCUCCUGCCUGCCUGCCGGCCAAAAUGUGGACUUCCCAGGGACAGCUGUGGAGAACCUGGUGGUCAGGAAAGGGGACACGGCUGUGCUUAGGUGUUACUUGGAAGAUGGAGCUUCAAAAGGGGCCUGGCUGAACAGGUCAAGUAUUAUUUUUGCAGGAGGAGACAAGUGGUCAGUAGAUCCUCGAGUGUCAAUUGCAACAGCAAACAAAAGGGAGUACAGCCUUCAGAUACAGGAUGUGGAUGUGUCAGAUGAUGGCCCGUAUACUUGUUCAGUACAAACCCAACACACGCCUAGAACGAUGCAGGUGUACUUAACAGUCAAAGUUUCUCCAAAGAUAUUUCAUAUCUCAAGUGACAUUGUGGUGAAUGAAGGAAGCAACAUCACACUUGCUUGCUUGGCAUCAGGGAAACCAGACCCUUCCAUUUCUUGGAGACACAUCUCUCCAUCAGCAAAACCAUUUGAAAGUGGACAGUAUCUGGACAUCUACGGAAUUACAAGAGACCAAGCUGGGGAAUAUGAAUGCAGUGCUGAAAAUGAUGUCUCUGUUCCAGAUGUCAAAAAAGUAAAAGUCACAGUAAAUUUUGCUCCAACCAUUCAGGAAAUAAAAGCCAGCGGUGUGACACUUGGAGGGGCUGGAUUCAUCAGAUGCGAAAGUGCGGGUGUUCCUUCUCCAGCCUUCGAAUGGUACAAAGGAGAAAGAAAACUGAUCAACGGACAACAAGGGAUUACUAUUAAAAGCUAUAGUUCAAGAUCACUUUUAAAUGUCAACAAUGUGACAGAGGAGCAUUUUGGCAACUAUACAUGUGUCGCUGCCAACAAACUAGGCACAACCAAUGCUAGCCUUCUUCUUAACCCUCCAAGUACGACCCAGCUUGGAAUCACUGGGGGCACUGAAGUUCUAUUGUCCUGCUGGUACCUUGUGUUGACACUGUCCUCUUACACCAGCAUACUGUACCUGAAGAAUAUCAUUCUACAAUAA